CACACCUCCGAGAUCCCAAAAUAUACCGACACAUACUACCACAGCUGUGAAUCAAACCAGCCUCACUCUCUCCCACCCUACCGGCCAACCAUGGCACCACUUUUCCGCCUCCUCCUCCCUGCUCUCCUCCCCUUAUUCCCAACCUUAACAACGGCCUGGACCGACCUCUCGGACGAAACCCUUGCCCGACUGCCAAACCCCUCGGACACGGACUUCGAUAUAACCUCUGGCGCCCUCCUCUCCCCAAUUCUAAUCCCGCGCGUUCCCGGCACCGAAGGCUCGCUGAAGGUGCUGAGCCACUUCCAAAACUUCUUCGCAACGAAGCUGCCGGACUGGAAGACGUCAACGCAGAACUCGACGGCGACGACUCCCACCUCAAAUGGGGCGGAGAUACCGUUCGUCAACUUCUAUGCCACGCGGGACCCGCCAUGGGCUGGCGGGGGGGACGUAGGCCGGUUAGUACUAGUAGCGCACUACGAUUCCAAGAGUACCCCGGAGGGCUUCAUCGGCGCGACGGAUUCGGCGGUGCCAUGUGCUGUGCUGAUGCACGCGGCACAGGCGGUUGACGAAGCACUGACGAGGAAGUGGGAGGACAUGCGGGCGAAGGGACUUGCCGGCGAUGGAUUGGGAGACGGGGACGGGCACGAGGACGCUUACCGCGGUGUCAUGAUCCUAUUCCUAGACGGGGAGGAGGCAUUUCACUCUUGGACUAACGAAGAUUCCCUAUACGGCGCCAGAAGCCUAGCAAAAACCUGGGAAUCCACCCCGCAUACUGUCCUUUCCCAACGCAAGAACCACAUCUCAAGCAUAGACCUCUUCCUCCUCCUCGACCUGCUAGGCUCCAAAUCACCCACUAUCCCCUCCUACUUCCCCACAACCCACUGGGCCUACACACACAUGGCAACGCUGGAAUCCCGUCUACGCCGGCAGAACCACUUCCUCUCGCACGAAACCUCGCCCAACCCAUGGUUCUUCGAGCCCAAGAAGGGGAAGCGCUUCAACAGCAUGAUGAUUCAGGAUGACCAUAUCCCGUUCCUGGCUAGGGGGGUAGAGGUAUUGCACGUCAUACCCUCCCCGUUCCCGAGGGUCUGGCAUGUCCUGGAGGAUGAUGGGAAGCAUCUAGAUAUGCCCACCGUUAAGGACUGGGCGAGGCUUACUGCCGCGUUCUUGGCGGGGUGGCUGGGGUUGGAGGGGUUUGUAGAGGCGCCGUUGGAGGUUAUACCUGUUGGUGGUCGUGCCGGGGAGGCGGAGGACGUUACGUCUGGGGCUGUCAAGGGACGGGGUGUAAGGUUGAAGACUGAGCUUUAGUAACCAUAGCCCCGGGGGCGGGGAGGUGGGGUUUCCGACUGUUUUCUUGUGAGAGGAUGACAGAAAUAGAGAUUCGGUGGCGUAAUGUUUCUCAUGAAAUGAGGAGGUAAAGUCCAUCUUGAAGAUUGACAUGACACAAGACAUGAAGGAAGUGCAUAUCAAGAUUCUUGUGCCACCCCCCCUCUUUCACUUUUUUAUUUUUUCAUUACAGCUCAAUUUAUACUAUCACGACAAUGUACCUAAUAACACAUUCAGUCCCUUUUUU